GCGGCACGAUGACGUCUACUCACAAGCCAACAUGGCGAAGAAACAACGUGGGAAAGCAGCUUCGUCUACAAAGACGUCAGAUAUUGAAAAACAGACAGAACACUUCAGUUUAGUGCUUGCGUCCAGUGAUGAUGAGGCGCCCGAAGAGGUGACAUUUGAAGACUCAAAGGCCGAGGCUAUACGGAGCAUGAAACAGGCGCUGGACGCAGACAGGAGAGAAAAAGAGCUGCUGAAAGAGAAGAGAAGGAAGAGACAGGAGCUGUUCCAGGAACAGAAGAAGAGAAAGCUCUUACCGGCUGGCGUGUUGGAGGAAAUCGACUCGGCACCCUCAAAGAAGCAAAAACAGUCUGAAGAUGAAGCUGAAGAGGAGCAGCAGGAUGUAGCAGAGGAUGAGACGAGGAAGAAGAAAAAGAAGAGUGGCGGCAAACUGGCACAUGCCCGAAAUCUGAAGGGAAACUACACAGUGACGACGGUGAAGGAGCCAGCAGCAGUAGCGUCCUUCCAGCAGCAGACGGCCGAGGAUUUUAUCCAGUCCAGAUUGUACGGACCAGGAAGCUGCAGGACCACUAGUAACGAGCUGCUCUCCCUUCAGAAUAAGAAGGGGAGAAAUAAAAGUGCCGCAGUGCAGUUUGUCAAGAAAGACUGGGCUUCUAAGGAAAAAGCCAAAGCAGAGAAGCUGAAGAAGAGGUGGCUCCACAAGCAGCAGAUUCCUUCCUGCUGACCGGUCAGACCGACUGAGCAUCUCCAGAAACCUCGACUACGGCCAGCAAACCGUCGCUGCUCCUUCUGCACGCCGACUUUAAAAAGACACCAGUCAUGGCCGGCUGUCAGAAACACGGAGGAGACGCCAUUUAGGCUCAGGACAACAAAUUAUACUGACUUGAUGCGCACAUGGCAGCAGUUUGAAUCCCUUAGUUCAUAGAAAGGACUACAAUGUGGAAGUGAGAUUGCAUCAAAAUAAGAAGUCUUUUUCACUGCUUAACAAUCUAUAAAUGGAUUUCGCCCAACCGGAACUUAAUAUCCUUAAUGUUCUUUGGAACGAGGUUCUCCCUUCCCCCAUAUAUCUACAGUCAGCUGUGUUAAAGAGCAGAACAUGUGAAGAUAGUUUGUUUAAUAAGGAUUUUUCUGUAAUAACUUUAUACUCUAGUUCAUUGCUGAGAGCCAAGAAUCAGAUGACAUGCUCUGUUUUUUGUAAAAUCAUUAAAGUCUUGUACCUGCAUCUUUAAAUAUUUUUUUAAACACAUCUACAUCGCUCUUCACAGCUUAAUUGCUUCAAAUGAACGGCUACUAAAUGACGAUGGCACAAAAAAUAAUCACAUCAAUGGUAAACUGAGCGUGAUGGCUCAUUCUAAACACACCUACCUAUAAGUUUUUUCUGAGCUCCGGCCGCAUUUCAGUCUUACAUUGAUUUUACUGUAUGGAUUAAUCAGUUGACAAUAAAAUGAACAACUAUUUUGAUAA